AAAAGGAACACAACCGAACAUCAUGUUGUAUAUAUUCUGGAAGUCUGCAACCUUGUUACACUGAGGAGGAUCUCUGAUUUCACGUCACAUGAUCAAAGGCACACCCGAACACCCCAAUAAACCCUUAUAAUUUCUCCAAGGACGAAUCUAUAGCCCAACUUGGUAUAAAUUUGGCCUCUUCGAUUCCGAUUGUGCUUGAUGAUCUUCAGGGAAUAGCUACAUCUUUAUCUUUAGUGGAGGAAUUUAUUCCGUUUCUAAAAUAAGCAGAUACACAAUCCCUGCUUUUUGAAUCCACCUCUGAGAACCAACGCAGCCCCUUUUGGCCUUCAGAAUUCAAUAGUAGUAUAGCAAAUGGCUGACAAACCCAGCAGAGGAUUGGUGUUAUACGGUGACGGAUUGACUCGAUUCGUCAACCCUUCUCAUAUCCAUCUCCAUUCAUUAGCAGCUCAGUCGUUAUGUGGCUUCUUAUCACUCCCUCACUUUCCUCCACCAGAAAAUGUGGAUGGUCGAACUGUAGGAGAAUUUCUGAAUCUAGUGGAUGCAUAUGAAGAUUACUCCACUUUGAGUGUAGAGUCUCAAGACAAGUGCAUAACCCCACCUAUAUCAGAGAGGUUCUUGGGAGUUAGAGCAGCUUUAAUUACCGAAAAUACAACAUUGAAAGCAUGUGGAGACAAACUUGGGCUUUCAGUUUUGCAGUCAGAUGAGUUAAUUACCAAAAGUUGUUCCCUCUUUGAUUCCUCAGUCAAUCUUGUUGCUACGGAAUUGUUGAAGCUGCUUGGAUUUGAAGAUGAUAAAGUUUUGGAUACAAAUCAGUUUGAUUUAGUUUUUGUACAUGUUGGAGGUGGUCAUGAAGAACAAUCAAAUAAAAAAUACACGGAAUAUAUCAACUCUUUGAUUGGUGAGAUAAUAUCCAAAGCAAAACCUAAAUCUGAGAUAGGUUCUCGGAUUCACUUGUCUGUUGUGUUAAGCUAUGGGGAUACUGAAAAAGAUGAUGAUGAGUGUAAUUUUACCAUUUUAAACAAAAAUGGAACCAUGAAGUCGGAUUUAGCUUCAUUGUUCCCUCGUCAAAGUUACACAAUGAAAGGUAGCAAUCCGAGGACUAAUGUAAGGGACUAUUGCCCGAUGUUGAUGGCUCAAUGGCAAGAGGCUGUUACUAGGAAGGAUUUGGUGAAAACCUUCUCUUUUCAGGAUUUUAAAGAGAAUGGUGGAAACUUGACAAUACCAGCUGAUAGAUUUGUUCAUGAAGUUGCUUUUAAACUAUGGAAGGCCCCAAAAUAUGGAGCCUGAUUCAGCUACAUUUUUGUUAUUUGAUAAAGUAAUAACAGUUUGCCUCGAUGGACUUUCCUGAAAUAAGAUUUAUGGCUGUUUUUAAGUGUUUUUAUUUAGCCUUUUUUUUGGUAUGAGACAGUUUGUGUAGCCAGUUGUUUGAAUGUUUGUUAAGUUGUAAACGCUAAUAAUUUCGAUGGAAAUUUAUAAAAAUCUCAAAAGUAUAUUUACAAAUUUAA